AUGAAUGGUGCUGUUAUCCUGAGAGCUGAGGUAAAGGUAUCGUGGAGCUCAUUACUGAAAGUUGAUGGUGCGGGCCUUUUCCUUGAACAGCGGGUUCCUGGGGCAGAUCAGAUUAAAAGUAAUGGAUAUCCAGUAGAAAUAUAUGAAGUUGAAACUAAAGAUCAUUACAUGGUAGGUUUAGAACGAAUACCAUAUAGUAAAAACGGAAAUAAAACAAUUGGCAAGCCUAUAAUUCUAUUGCAUGGCUUGUAUGGGACGUCAAUGUAUUACACACUUAACAAUAUAUCUCUCAGUUUCAUAUUAUCUGAUGCUGGUUUCGAUGUUUGGCUUCUCAACUUUCGCCUUGCUGGCAUUUCCAAAUAUAUCAAAAAUCCAAAAACUGGCCUGGUAACUCCAUUGAGAAAUAUAUCAUGGGAUUUUAGCUUUGAUGAAUUGGGAAUAUAUGAUACGACAGCUGGUAUUGAUUUUAUCUUAAACAAAACUGGAUAUUCUACAUUACACAUGGGUGGUUAUUCUUUUGGAGCUACUAUAUGCCUAGUUACACUAGCUGAAAGGCCAGAAUAUAAUGAGAAGAUUGACAAAUUAGUGUUGAUAGUGCCAACAGCAAGAAUGAAGUACUACGACCGAAGGCUUAUCAUUUUUAAGAUAUUCCCCUAUUUAUUUCAUAGACCUUUGAGAGGUAGGGGAUAUGUACCUAAGAUGAAACAUCCAGACGACCAAUGGCUAGGACGUCAAUGUAAAGAGAAUAAAUACAUGAAACUAUUUUGUCUUUAUAUAAUGACUCAAGUACAAGGCAAUCUUCUACCAAUAGAUUAUAGCACCAUUGAAAUCUUGAGAACAUAUCCUCAGCCAACAUCUGUUAAAGUUAUGACUCACUAUUACCAACUAAUACUCCAAGAUUACUUCCGAAAGUAUGACUAUGGAAAAAUUGGAAAUAUGAAGCACUAUAACUCCACUAUUCCACCCGAUUAUGAUUUAUCUAAAAUAACAGCAGCAACAUAUAUUUAUCAAUCAAAACAUGAUAUCUUUGCUCCGCCCAAGGAUGUAAAAUGGUUAGUAGACCAACUGCCCAAUGUCAAGAAUGUCACAAUGGUGAAGAAAUUCAGUCACAUGGGGUUCGCUAUUAGCCCAUAUGCUAAAUCUGUAAACCUUUUAAUUGUUAAACAUUUGCUAGAA